AUGAGGCGUCACAUUCCCAUCAGCCCUACCAGAGCAGCCCAGGCGGGCGGCCCCGGCACUGAGAGUCGUGGUGAGGUGGGGGUGUUAGGCCUGGGGGAGGACACUGCAUUGGGCGCAGUGGCAGAGGACCUCGGGGUACACCAGCUGGGCCGACUGGUGGAGCUGCUGACCCAUCGAGAGUGUGAGAACCUUCUCGCCGCCCUGUCCCACCCGGAAGACAGCGUCUUCCAUCAGCUGGAGAGACUCUCCCCGGAGAGCAACGACCUGGGCCUCCCACCGCGCGUCCGCAGGGACACGGACAGGGAGACGCAGUGCAGGACAGCCCUGACAGGAUGGCUGGUGAACCACGGACAGCAGAUGUACUACGACAGACUCUCCCGUGCCCUACAGCGGAUUGGCAGAACCGACAUUGCAAUAGAGGUAGGGAAGAAUAUUAACCAGGAUAAGGCCCUGAGCUUGCAGAAGUAUGUGGAGGACUACCACAGACGUGUGGAAGCCGUGGGGUCCUCUCUGGUCGAGCCCGACAUGGAGCCACUUCAGCUUGCUAGCCGGCAAUCAACGAGACAAGUGAGAGACCUGACCUGGAAGGACCUGGAGCUGGUGGUAGAGCGUGAGCAGCGCCCGCCCUAUAGCCGGCGCUUAGCGGACGGGGUCCUGCCCCUGGUCUACGGCCUUGUGCUGGGGUUCACCGGCGCCCUGCUGGUGGGGGCACUCGUGCUCUUCUGCGCCCUUCACAUAUCCCAGGCCCACGGGUCCAGGCUGUUUCGGCUCUGCCGCAAGAACCGGGCCAAGCGCCGGCCCAGCCCAGCACACUUCUCCUGCGACCUGACAUCAUCAGAAAGCGACAGCGGCAUGCCUCUCCGCCCCCGACGGCCUUCCCGAGACACCCGCGGAUUCUUCCGGGGCUUUCUCCAGCGCAUCUGGGGGCUGGGGAGACAAAAGCCAGGCCUACCGUAG